UAUGGCUGCCACAUAUCGCAUUGUGGUAAGCAGUGUGAACUGCUAUAACAGUGUAGUGAUUGACCGCCGUGUCCAGCACACUGUACACUACUGUAAUGGUCCAUGUGGCGCACUCAAACAUGGGCUAAACUGUACCGUGGCCCACCGGAGCACCUGCGCGGAGCUUCUGGAGGGUCCUAUCACCCAGUCCUUCUCAGACCAGUCCAUUAGCUUUCACGAGCCUGCCAGUAAGACGGUAGAGAAUGGCAUUGCUGCACCUGGAACCCUUUGUGAAUAUUACCACCAGGUGAUCCCACGUGUCAAAAAAGGAUCAGCCAUCCAAAGCUCAGCCAGCCUCAAAGACAUCACAGGAGAGGCAAUCAACCUGGCUAGUGGCAAAAUCAAAGAAUUUUCUUUUGAGAAGAUCAAGUACUCGUCCAGCCAUGUGACCUUCAGGAAGGGUCGAAAGGUCAGGCCAGACUCCUUCAGCCGGAGGUCCACGGAUCUGGACAUCAUUUAUGGCCACUUUUCCGGGAAUGACGAAAACUGUCCCCCAUUUGGCAUGUUGCAAAAAUCCGUACUGGAAGAGCACAAGCUGAGUCGGAGUGCCUCCUUGGAGCAGAACCUCAACAACGUGGCUACGCAUUACUUAAACAAUUUGACAGAGGAGGGCCUGAUUGCCCGCAUACUGGAGAAGACCAAGACAGACAGCAACACCUCAGGGGAAGACAUUAAAGCCUGUCUGGACAUCCUGUUGAAGUGUUCUGAGGAUUUGAAGAAGUGCACUGACAUAAUUAAACAGUGCAUCAAGAGGAAGUCCAUGGGGGGUGACAGUGAAAACUCAGGAAAUCCUGAGGUUAUCUACAAGAACGUGAUGGCACGGCUUUCCAACUACCUGAAAAGGCUACCACUGGAACUAGAGCAAGGUCAGCCUGGGAAGCAGGAACACAGUGAACUGGCUGAGCUGGUCAACAGCCUUCAUGGUCUGCAACAAAACUCCUUCUCCCCCAUUUUUGGAAAUGAGCAGCCUCCUCGCUAUGAGGAUGUUGUCCAUUCCCCCCCUCUGGCUAAGCCUGUACCCAAUUCCGCCCCCUCCCAGCCCGAUUCUCAUGAAAGUCCCAAGGAACUUACAGGCAAUACAAAAUCUACCCAGGGUCUCACUGGCAUGCCAACCCGAGCAUCUCAACCUGCUAAUGGGUUGCAGCACAACAGCUUGCCCAAUGUCUCCACCAGUAGUGUUGCAACUGGCAACUUGCAUCACAGUGUUUCCACCAGUAGACAUGAUCCAUUUUCCUCUGCAAACUCUCUGCUGUCUUGCAGCACUGACAGCCUUUGCAAAGAUACCAUGGAGGCAUUGUACAUAGAAGAGGAGGCUGAUGUGUGUAGGGCACCGGACAGGACGGUAAAAGGGGAUGGUAAACACAGUCUUGGCUUCUCAGAGGCCAAACACAUCCCUAAGAAGCCCAGUGCCCACUCUGAGCCCUGUAUCAAUGUUAGUGCCACUAUUUCAGACAAACUUCCGGAAAUGAACAGGAAUGGGAUUGCAUUCAAGAAUAAACUGGAGCCUGGGGCCAACCAGAUGUACACAUCCCCAAAGAGCACGGAACCUCUCGUAAAACCAGCCCAACACAUGAGCAGAGGAGGGGAUGAUGAUAUAGAUAAACUUCUCAUGGACCUUGAGUGCCUCUCCCAAAAAAUGGAGAAGGAACCACCUCUGCCACCUAAGAUGAAAAGUUCAGAACUGAGGAACUGUGCUCAACAGACAGGCUCCCCUCAGAAUGUGAGUGGUGACUCAGGAGCCAACAUCUUGUCAACAUUAGACACUCCUAUCUCUUCUCAGGCCAAGCCGUCAGAAGGUGCAGUCGAGGAAGUUACUGAAGAAGAUGAUGGAGCACUGCUGCUCAGGAUUCUGGAGAGCAUUGAGAGUUUUGCUCAGGAGCUGGUCGAGAGCGGGACCGGCACUGGCACCGGCACCCAGUCUAAAGAGCGGGAGGUGAUGCGUCUCCUCCAGGACACACUGGCUAGCACCAAAACAGAGACAACACCAGAGACUGUUCCUGUUCCCAUGCCCAUGCCCAUGCCCAUGCCCAUGCCCACACCUUUGCCUGCAGCAAUGCCAUUACUUGCAUUGACUCCCACACCCGCCUCCACGCCUGCAGCGAGCCCUUGUCCAGUUCCUACAAUGGGUGACCCAGGGUCCACCCUGCUGAUCCAGCAGACACCUGAAGUCAUCAGGAUACAAAACAAACCUGAGAAAAAACCUGGAACCCCCCCUCUGACUCCUGCGCCUGCACCUUCCACACCAACUCCACGACCUCCAACCCCUCCGCCAGAAAAAGUGGUGGACACGCCCCCUCCUGCCUCCAUAAACAUUCCACGCUUCUACUUCCCCAGAGGGUUUCCAAACUGCGCUGCCAACUAUGACGAGGCCAUUGCCAAAAUCGAGGCAGCCUUCACUGAGUUCGAGGAGGAGAAAGCUGACAUUUAUGAAAUGGGGAAGAUUGCAAAGGCUUGUGGGUGUCCUCUUUACUGGAAGGCCCCGAUGUUUAAUUGCGCUGGGGGGGAAAGGACUGGCUUUGUGUCUGUUCACUCAUUCAUUGCAACAUGGAGAAAGUUGUUGCACAGCUGCUAUGAUGACGCAUCCAAGUUUGUUUACUUGUUAGCCAAGCCUGGCUGCAGUUACCUGGAACAAGAAGAUUUUAUCCCUCUAUUACAGGACAUUGUGGACACUCAUCCAGGGCUUACAUUUUUGAAGGAUGCCCCAGAAUUCCAUUCCCGCUACAUCACAACAGUGAUUCAGCGGAUAUUCUACACAGUCAACCGCUCCUGGACCGGAAAAAUCACCAUGACAGAGCUGAGAAGAAGCAACUUCCUACAGACUCUUGCCCUCCUGGAGGAGGAGGAUGACAUCAACCAGAUCACAGACUAUUUCUCCUACGAGCACUUCUAUGUCAUUUACUGUAAGUUCUGGGAGCUGGACACUGACCAUGACCUCUUCAUUGACCCUAAGGACUUGGCCAGGUACAACGAUCAUGCAUCAUCCAAUAGAAUUAUCGACAGGCUGUUCUCAGGGGCUGUCACAAGAGGGAAUUCUGUGCAGCGAGAAGGGAGGAUGAGCUACGCUGAGUUUGUAUGGUUCCUCAUCUCUGAAGAGGAUAAAAAGAAUCCAACCAGUGUGGAGUACUGGUUCCGCUGCAUGGAUCUGGAUGGAGAUGGCGUUCUCUCCAUGUAUGAGCUGGAAUACUUCUAUGAGGAACAGUGUGAGCGUAUGGAGGGCAUGGGCAUUGAGCCUCUGCCCUUUCAGGACUUGCUGUGUCAAAUGCUGGACCUGGUCAAGCCAGAAUGCCCAGGUAAAAUUACUCUUCGUGACUUGAAACGCUGCAGGAUGGCACACAUAUUUUUUGACACGUUCUUCAACCUGGAAAAAUACCUGGACCAUGAGCAGAGAGAUCCAUUUGCAGUGCAAAAGGAUGUGGACAGUGAUGGUCCAGAGCCUUCAGACUGGGAUAAAUACGCUGCAGAGGAGUAUGAAAUCCUGGUAGCGGAAGAAACAGCCAAUGAACAGCUACAGGAAGGGUCUUUCGAGGAUGACUACGAGUCAGAUGAACUCACUGUUUCCUCAGAAAUGGGAAAUAAAAUGGACAAGCUGGUCAUCUCUGACUUGUCUGCUUGAGACUCCACCACCCUUCCAUCAUUUUGCUCCACACCUGCAGGAACAGAGGGACAUUACUCCACUCUACCCAUUUUCUGCCCCAUCCACUAAAGGGAAUAAUUUUUUUUUCCUACAUUGCAAAAAGAACACUUUGUGUGUCUGUGUGUGUGAGUGCAAUAGAGUUGUUUCUAAACCAAAAGGUUUUCUCGCUUUCAAAAAGGCUUUAAGUGCAAUAUGUCUUAACAUGAAAAUUGAAUUAAAUUUCCACUCUUAAUAGCAACAACUACUCCAACAAUGUUUAACUGCCGGCAGGUUCCACAAAUCCUUUUUGAAACUUGUUCAAAAUAAUGCGGACGUUUUGAGACAGCUUACGUGUUUUAUGUUUGAUAUUGCUGCCAUAUUUUCACUUAGAUUCUGAAGAAGAGUUAGAAGAAGAAAAAGAUAAAAGAAGAGGUAGACACAUAUCACUGGUGUGACAGGUAUCUCAUAAGGAUUUUCAACUUUGAAAACAACCAGAAAUCAACAGUGGAUCAUGCUGAGUUGUGCUCUUAAAACUGCCAUUAAGUGGUUCCCUCACCUCAGUUUCACUCAAUCUCUGUACAGCUUCAUCUGAAGAGGGAGGAUUAGGUAUUGUAAAAUAGACAAUGAAAAAUGGUCUGUUUAGUUUCACUUAUACACAGAGCAUAUUUCCACAUGGGCCCAUGCAUUUAAGUGGCUUACCGUUUGGAUAAAUAAUUUUUUUGAGAUUUAUAGCGCCUUUUUGUGGUCCCUAGUGAUAUUGCAUGUUGAGACUGAAAGCCAUUCACUGGCUGUUUAAGCAGCAGAAUGAAGUGCUGUGAAAUUGUGGUGACCUUUUGAGGAGCUGAACUUGAUUACAAACUUCAAACCUUCACUAAACAUUUCCAUAACGCCAUACUGAUGUCGGCUGUAAGCUGUCCCGUGUCGAGUUUGAACUUAGCAGGGCAACCUUAAACAAACUUUUUGAAGAUAACAUUAGGAAUGAUUUCUCUUUCGGGCCAUUAGACCUUUGUGUAACAGGUCAUCCUCUUCCAGGAUUGUGUGAGGAUGAGACAUGGGCGCAGAAACCCUUUGAUCCUCAUAUAUAGAGUCAAUUCAAAUUCAAGCCAUUGUGAAAAAUGACUUAACAUAUUCUAUAUAUUUUAAAUUGUUCUAAAUGAAUUAAUCAGCUAUUAUUAUUGCACAAAGUUCUGUAUGUAAAUAAGGACAAGGUUAAAAUGACCAGUCAUCUCUAAAGGCACUAAGCCGAAACUCAGUUAGAACAGUACAUAGUCACUCUUCACACAGCUCCGCAAAUAACAGUCAUAUAUACAAUUCUCCAACCACACAUUUUCCUCUGUGUCCUGUAAGAUUUUCUUCUGGCUCUGAUUUGCCAGUCUCAGCAAUCAAAUCUGUCUUUACUCAUGUUCAUAUGCUCAGCACCAUACCAAUAGACUCAUGCAGAUUGUAACACACUUGGCCCUCAUCCACAUGUGGUGGUUCUCUGAGUGGGAAUGUGGAAGGGGAGUGCUUGUGUGGUCCCUCUGGAUCCCUACAAACACCUUUCCACCUGCGGAUUCAUGAGUUUCCACAUCAACCAUCCAAUCUCUCCUCAGAUUCGUUCUGUUCUGGAUGGACAUACCUCCCACACCCAACACCUUUUUACUGUAUAGAUGUUUUAGCUCAAUGUAAUUAGUGUAACAUAUUUAUAUAUGUGAAGUGUGUAGUUUUUUCAAGGCAUUGUCACGUGUGACAAAUAGUGCUUUGUGUACUGUAGUCCAGCUAUUUUUGACCUUACAGUAGGACAUUUAUUUUCUAUAGUCACUGUAAAUGUCUUUGUAAUGUAUGUUUCCCAUGUGAUCAGCUCUGCCACUGAGUGGUGGAGAAAAUUUAAAUUAUAAUAUAACUUGACUGCCAGUGUUACAUUAUGUGCAUUAAGCUGAGGGGAUGGGGUUUAAAUGAAGGAAUUCGACAUGAAUUCACUGUAAGAUGACAAUCAACUGGAUGUAUUUAUCAGAUAACAAAUGUGUAAGUAGCACCUCUUUUUAGUCAACACAACCUUCUGAGCAAUAAAAACUGCUGUAGUGUUAUACCUUUUUAGACUUAAGCUAAAAACAAAUAAAAAUAACUAUGCCUAAAUUUAGGAUUAAUAUUGAAAACACGGUCACUUUUGCCACUAACACUACUUGCUCUAUGCAGAUUUGAUUCUUUGUACAGAUUUAGAAUGGCAGCUACUGAAGCUGUUUAACAACAAACCUGCCAGUGUGCAACACUUUUUUUUUUUCGUUUGUUUUAUAUCCAUUUUUCCACGUGUACUUUUCUGUCAUCUGGUGAAUGUCUUGCUUGCAGACAAUGAAAUGACUUGAGUAGGCUUCAAUCUCCAAGUGUUCUGAUGACACGG